AUGGUGUCCACCCUCAUUGACUGUAUUCAUUCUGCCUCACAUGAGGUAGAUUUGCUAAUAGAAGGCACCUCCGCUUCUGGUGAUACGGCUGAAAUCUCUUAUAAGCUACUGAAAUUUAGAUUGGGAAACCUCAAGAUGGUUCUUCUCUGCGCCAAAAUGUUGGGCAUCGACUUAAGUCCAUCAUCUUUGGUAAAGACUGAAGAUUAUGUUCGCAAAAUCGCAGAGUUUAUUCCAACUUUUGAUCCUAAUAGCGUACGUUAUUACGGCGAUGACGUACUGGAAUACUGUAGGUAUCUUCUUACGCUUGCUAAAAGAUUGCACACUCCACUCCUAGAUGUCCCGCGCCAAUCGAUUUCUUUUCCUGUAAACCAAAUCCUGGAAUUCAUUAGUUUCUCCCUGGAGAAUCUAGAGAAUUAUCAGGAUUUGCGAAGGGGUGUCCCUUGCGAACUGCGUGAUGCAAUUGAAGCCUUGCGACAGCAGUUGGCAUUCUUGCAAAGUCUCAUCGAGUUUGUCAUACAGAUAAAUGUUGAAGACCAGGAAGAUUUGUUGGCUCAUGCUAGAGCUGUCACUAUUGAUGCUGCGUUUCUUCUUUUCGAUGAUGGAGUUUCCAAGCGAAAUCUAUCAAGACUUGUGUUACGUGAAAGCUUUGCAGAAAACAAGGUGUUGGAGUUUUCAAGAUUGAUACAAAAGAUCAAGCCUAUUCAUCCUCAGGUCCAUAAGACUUACACUGAAGCACUGAUCAGCUCGAAGUUUGGGGAAAAAUUACUUGUUCCUCCUGAUCAAGGUAAAGAAGAUGAUGAAUCCCUUACUGCAACCAGCAAUCUCCUUUCUUCUCUCGUAUCUGUUUUUUACGAGGAGCUGGCGCAGAGUUCCAGUGUUAUGUUUCCCAUCAAGGAUCAACUGCAAAAGCUCUAUGAAGGACUCAGGUCUUUAAGAAAAGUGAUACUCAAGCACCCCGAAAAACUUGAUUCCAAAAUGAGGGAAGACAUUGUUAAUGUGAUAUGUGAUGCUGGAGUCUUCAUUUGCUCAUUCCAAAUGAAACAUGUGGAGACAGAUCUUAGUCUCGUGAAGGAAUUGUCAGAAGCAAUCAAAAUGAUUGUUUUGGCAAGCCUUGGGAAGAAUGAUGCACAAGUAGCAAUGUUCUUCAACUCACGAAGCACUACUCAGCUGGCCUUCGUCGACUUUUUAAUAGAAAAGCUGAUGGAGCUGACAAGCAACAAUGAUGAACCAACUGCCAAGAAUUUUGCUCAAACCAUCCAAGAAGAACUUGUCUUCUUCAGAUCUUUCAUGGAGGAAACUGUGGAGUUGCCAAAUGAUCAUCAGGAGGAACUCCAAGCUCUCAGGGGUAGUAUUUUGGAGGUGGCAAACAGGAUAGAGGACCUCACAGAGUACCUAUUGCUUGGCAAUCUCCCAGGUUCUGAUUCAGAAUCAAUUGUUUCAAUCAUGAAAACCAUUAGCAACAUUAAGUCGGAGAUCAAAGUCUUGAAGAGACCAGAAAUCGAACUGAAGAAAGUAACGGCGAUUCACAGUAAUGUGCAAUCAACUACUCCCUUGAUGACAAAGGAAAUUGUUGGCUUUCAUGAUCCGGCAAACUCGCUAAUCAGUCGCCUCAAGAGAGGAUCAAGGCAAUUGCGGAUCGUGGCAAUUGUGGGUAUGCCGGGUCUAGGCAAGACCACUAUUGCCGAAAAAGUUUACGAUGAUCCUUCAGUCUCGUACCAUUUCUCUGUUCGUGCCUUUACUACUGUUUCCCAGUCAUUUGACAAAAAGGGAGUGCUACUUCACCUGCUAAAACAAGUUGAUCUUGAAAAAUAUUCCCAGAUUGUUUCGGAUGCAAAUGCCGAAGAUGUAGCUGAGCAACUAUGGCGCAGUUUAAAAGGAAAGCCGUAUCUCAUCGUUUUGGAUGACAUAUGGGACAUUAAAGCCUGGCAAGAGUUACAAAGAUCGUUCCCUGAUGAUUCCAAAGGGAGUAGAAUCAUGGUUACAAGUCGCAGACAUGAUAUCGUUCCUCCACAUAUGCUCGAUGAGAAAGUUUUUGAGCUGAGAUUCCUCAAUGAGGAAGAGAGCCUGGAUUUAUUGCAGAGGCAGUUAUUCGGUAAAGAUGGUUGGCCCCCUGAAUUAGGUGAGCUUGGGAAGGAAAUUGUUGAAAUAUGCAACGGAUUGCCUCUGACAAUCCUCAUUGUAGCUGGAGUUUUAAAAUCCUCGAAGCCAGAGGAUUGGAAGAAAAUCAUGGAUGGUUUAAGCUCUGGCGAUAUAUCAGACCGCUGCAGGGAUACACUGGAGCUGAGUUAUAAACAUCUACCUGAGCAUUUGAAGCCAUGCCUUCUGUAUUUUGCGACGUUUCAAGAAGAUCAACAGCUCUCGGUCAGGAGGUUGCUUUCGUUAUGGAUGGCUGAAGGAUUUGUACGGAAAGCUGAGAUGAAGCGCCUAUCAGAUGUUGCUCAAGAGUAUCUAUAUGAUUUGAUUGGAAGAAGCUUGCUUAUGGUUUCUAAAAAAACAUCCAUGGGCCGAGUGAAAAGGUGUCGCAUUCAUGACUUGCUCCAUGAAUUUUGUUUGCAGAAAUCCAAAGAGGAGCAGUUUUUCCAUUUCCUCGAAGGAGAUUGGGAAGAAUUGUCAGGAUUCAACGAGCCAGGGUAUCUGCAGAGGUUAUGCAUUCACUCCGGUGCAGAGGACUUCAUUCAGUCAGAGGUAUUCUGUCCACGUGUACGUUCUCUGCGUUUCAUGUACUCGGAAGAUCGAGUGUCGCAAAGUUUCACGUUAAUGAUGCACAUCUGCAAACGCCUUCGAGUGUUGGAUUUGGAGCAAGUUUAUUUAGAUGGCUGGAUUCCGAGCGAAAUAGGGCAGCUUGUCCGGUUGGCGUACCUUGCAAUCGGAGGCUUUAUGUGGGAGAUCCCUUCAUGGAUAGGUAACCUUUUGAAUUUAGAAACUUUAAUCAUAAAGGUUGAUGGAGUCGACAGGACACCGCCGCCAGAGAGUUUCUGGAAUUUGCGUAAACUGAAGCAUUUUUCCCUGUCCACCAAAGACCAAUUAAGUUCAAGAAAUAUGGAUGUUUGGUGGCCCCUGGCGAAUAUCAACAACUCGCCUGAUUUAUGCGAGUUAGAAAGUAUGGAUGGUGUGCCCAUUCCUUGUGAUGGCGUGGAAAGAGUACUGAAAAAGUUUCCAAAUCUUCGUAAGUUGGGGCUGAAUCUCUGCGGAUUUCCAGAUGAUUCGAGUACUCUUGCCCGUGUUGUAGUUCCUGAGGCUUUGAACCAACUGGAAUCACUUGAUGUCUACCAUGAGAAAUCUGACAAGCUUAAGGUUGAGUUUAGCUUCCCGACAACCCUGAAGAGAUUGUCUUUGCGUCAAUUUAAGUUCUCUGGCAGUAUGCUUUCGAGCAUUGGUAAACUGCCAAACCUCGAAUACCUUAAAUUACACGGUGUGAAAUUUCAAGGGAACAGAUGGAGAAUGGAAGACAAGCAAUUCUCCAAACUUCGAAUCUUGAAAUUGUUUUGGUGUUGGGAGCUUCAACGGUGGAGUGGUUCUGAUGAUCAACUGGGGUGUCUUGAGAAGUUGGAACUUUUCAGUUGCUACCAUUUGGAAAAGAUCCCGUCUUGUUUGAAAACCAUUCAGAUGCUUCAAACAAUCAAGGCCACUUCUUGUUCUCUAACAAUGGCAAGUGCGUCCAUUCCAGUGAAAUUUUGUCGGACUGAGCAAAUCAAAUGUGUUUUUUGUUCCAUGAAGUAUUCUUGUUUACUUUCAUUUUCACAUGUAAAUUCGGCUCAUGCUGGUGCUGUAGCAAUUGAUGCUACAUUUCUCUUUUUCGACGAUGGUGUUUUCGAGAUCACAGUUGACAGAGUAAAGUAUAAAAGGCUUGUGUUACCUGAAAGAUUUGUAGAAGAAAAGGUGUUGGAGAUUUCAAGAUCGAUGCAAAAGAUCAAGCCUAUUCAUCCUCAGGUCCACAACACUUACACUGAAGCACUGAAUAUCACCAAUAUUAAGUCUAAAAUCAAAGUGAUGAAGAAACCAAAAAUCAAAAUUAAGAAAGAUCAGACAAACUCAAUAGUUGAUCGCCUCAAGAGGAAAUCAAAGAGCUUGCGGAUCGUGGCAAUUGUUGGUAUGCCGGGCAUAGGCAAGACUACUUUGGCUGUAAAAGUGUACAACGAUCCUUCUGUCUCAUACCAUUUUUGUGUUCGUGCCUUCACUAUGGUUGCUCAAGUAUUUGAUAAAAAGAGAGAUCUAAUGGACCUGUUGAAACAAGUUGAUCCUCAAAGAUAUUCCAAGAUCACUUCUGAGACAUCUGCAGAUGAUGUAGCCGAGCAGUUAAGGCGCAGUUUAAAAGGAAAGCGAUUUCUCAUUGUUUUGGAUGAUAUUUGGGAAGCUAAAGCCUGGCAAAAGUUGCAAGCAUCAUUCCCUGAUGAUUCCAAGGGGAGUAGAAUCAUUUUUACAAGUCGUCGUCACGACGUUGCUCCUCCAGGUAUGCUUGAUGAAAAGCCUUUUGAACUGAGACUUCUCAGUGAGAAAGAGAGUAUAGACUUAUUGCAAAGGCAGUUAUUUGGCCAGAAUGGUUGGCCCCCUGAUUGGGUGACCUUGCCACAAAAAUUGUUGAGAUAUGUAAUGGCGCCUCUUACAAUCGUCAUUGUAGCUGGAAUUUUAAGAUCCACGGAGCUAAAGGAUAGGAAGACAAUGAUAGAAAGUUGA